AUGACUAAGGCUCAGGCCAUAGCAGCCAUGGAUUACAAUCACGUGUGGUUCCCAGACUUCAGGAUGUCCAAGUCAGUGGAUGACGAGAAUGAAGUAGUUGAUUCUCCAGUGGAGAUCACAGGCUGCAUCCCCACUAUUCUGUUUCCCAGCAGUUGUUGUUGCAGCAGGUUCAGCUUCAGGCUCAGCUCCUGGCAGCUCACGCCCACGCAGCCGCAGCAGCCCAAUCAGCCGCCAGCUCAGACCAAGCAGGGCCAAUCACAGAGCACACAGGCACAGAGCCCGUCCCCCCCGCCCAAGCUUGCACUCUCUCAGCCAAUCCAGCUCACUGCCCAGGAUGUUCAGCAGUUGUUUCAGCUUCAGCAGCUGCUACUGGUACCAGGACACCACCUUCCUCAAGGUCUGCUGUCUACACAGAAUCUGAUUCCUCUGCCUCAGCAAAGCCCAGGGAGCCUGCUGUCACCUCCCCCCAGGAUGGGGCUCCCGCCUCAGAGGGCAGCAGAUCGCCCCAUGACACAGGUGACCUCUGUGACCCCUGUGACCCCUGUGACCUCUGUGACGUGUCAUCAUGAGGAGCCUGGAGACCUGGAGGAGCUGGAGCAGUUCGCCCGCACCUUCAAACAGCGCAGGAUUAAACUGGGGUUCACACAGGGUGAUGUGGGGCUGGCUAUGGGGAAGCUGUAUGGGAACGACUUUAGCCAGACGACCAUCUCGCGCUUCGAGGCGCUCAACCUGAGCUUCAAAAACAUGUGCAAACUGAAACCUCUCCUGGAGAAGUGGCUCAACGACACCGAGAACAUGUCUCCAGACUCCAGUGCGCUGCCCAGUCCAGGGGCCACACACACACACACACACACUCUGCUGGGACUGGACGGCCUGCCCAGCCGCCGCCGCAAGAAGCGCACCAGCAUCGAGACCACCGUCCGCAUCGCCCUGGAGCGCAGCUUCAUCACGAACCAGAAGCCGGGGUCUGAGGAGGUGCUGGCGCUGGCGGAUCAGCUGGGUCUGGAGAAGGAGGUGGUGCGCGUCUGGUUCUGUAACCGCCGCCAGAAGGAGAAGCGCGUCAGCCCCGGCCCCUCCUCCUCUGGAGCCACACCCCCUCAUUUGCAUAGACACGCCCUCUCCUCAUCGGGAACCACGCCCCCUCUUCUAUCCCUCUCUCCUGCAGUGACCUCCUUGUCCUCUAUGUGCCCUUUGACCCCCAGUGGACCACCCCAUCUAAGCCCCGCCCAGUCCCACCUAAGCCCCGCCCAGUCUCCUGUAGCCCCGCCUCCUCGUAGCACAGCAAGCCCCGCCCCUCUUACCCACAACACUCUCUGUCUCAACACAGGGUGA